AUUGAAUAGUUGGCGGCUAUUAAACCAUCUGACAAAGUAUCAAUAGUCAGCGGGGAUAGAGUUGCAUGUGUGACAGGUAAACUACUUUCCCCUCCCAAACACCGCUCUCGCACAGUGAGCGUGCGGCGGGGCGGCGCCUCCGCACAGGUAGGCGGAAGUCGGUCCUUGUUUGUCCGCAGGUGAGCGGCGCUGAAAGAAGACAGCGACCCAUCGAAGGCGAAGUGUCGGCGGAGAGCUGUCAGAAAUGACUUUAAUACCGCUUUAACGCCAAUGUGAUCGAAGGGGACAACAGAAUACACCAUGGUGAAUCUAGGAGUAUGCUCUGCCAGCCUCAAGGACAACAAGGCCCUGAUGAAGAUUGGGCUGGCGCUCGUGCUCGUGGGCCAUGUCAAUUUCCUUCUUGGAGCACUGGUGCAUGGCGCUGUGCUCAGGCACAUCAACGUGCACACUCAGGCCCGGACCAUGGUGUACGCCAUCUCUAAUGUCAUUGCCAUUGUGGCAGGCUUGGUGGGAAUAGUCAGCGGAAUAACGGCCAUUGUUCUGUCGAAAAACAAGAAAAGCAGGAUCCUGCAGUGGGUCUUGCUGGUCUUCAGCUUCCUGUCAGGUCUCCUGGCGGUUGCCUCCACCGUGGGCCUGUCAGUUUCUAUGAUCAAAGCUAUCAUGAACAAAGGCUGGAGCCUGCUAACACACUGCACGCAUGAUGUCAGCUCCUCUUCCAGCAUCACAUAUGAAUGCCCCUUUGACCCCACCCGGAUCUAUGGGACCACAAUCAUCCUGUGGGUGCCUCUCAUCUUGAUGUCCAUAAUGGAAACGGUGUUCUCCUUCCGCUGCUUUGCUGUCUGUACUGUUUUCCUUUACCUCUGUCCGUGCAGGAGGAGGCCAUCCCGGGCUAGGAGGGUGCGUAUCGAGAGACCUGUUGAUAUCCAAUCAUUGCCUCCAGCACAAGAUCCAGAGAGUGAUGCUCAGGAUGAGCAGGCAGAGCAGGAUGAACUGCUGGACUCUGUCACUGCAGUGGAGCAGAGUGAAUGGCUCUGACACAGCUAAACCUAAUGAGAUAGGUUGCAAACGGCUGGGCUUAGUGAGAUAAGACUUCAUCUGCGAGGCUGUUUUCAGUGCGUCUGUUACAUUAAAUGUCUGAAGAACACAUCCACAGGACUUGAGCCAGCAGAGAGACUGCCGUUUCAUUUCCGUCUGUAUCAAAAGGAGGAUUUUCUUCUUCCAAGACACUGCUGUUGGUUUGAUAAUCAGAUGUUGUUUGCGUAUGUUGGUAUCGUC